CACCGCCCACAAACUCACUCAGCUGGGGCAGCAGGUGACAGUUGAGCUCGUCCGAGGAACAGCACGACCUCACUCAGGCUCCCAACAUAACAGCGACACUCACAGCGCUAAAGAAACAAAAAAAACUCUAUACUUUACAUUAUACGCUGCGUCAUUUGAGAAUCCUUUCCCCCCUCGUCGGUACGACAAAGCUCGCAAGCAUUUGCCCAGACAUCGUCUGACGUCGACAGGCAGAGAGACGAAGGACUUAAUCGGCACGAAGUCAACCGAAGGCUUUCGUUCUUGUCCUGGUAACUACUGACAGACCGCCGCCGACCAUGUCAGAGCCGACCGCGGAGGUGAAGCUGGAGGUGAAGCAGGCGAGCAAAGAGGUGAAAGAGAGCGAAAACGUAGCCGAGAAAUAUUCUGUCAUGACGGUGAGCAAGAACACCGAGAUGAACAUGGAAGAGUUGUCGUCCGCCUUCAGCGCCGUGCCCACUCACAAGCCGGUUAAAAAGCAAAUCCAGUUUGUGGAGGACAAGCAGGAGUUCAGCCGGUUCCCCACCAAGGCAGGCCGUCGUUCCCUGUCCCGCUCCAUUUCCCAGUCGUCCACCGACAGCUACAGCUCAGCUGCGUCCUACACAGACAGCUCAGACGACGAAACUUCACCUCGGGACAAAACACAGAUCAACUCCAAGGGCAGCAGUGACUUCUGCGUCAAGAACAUUAAACAAGCAGAGUUUGGGAGACGUGAGAUUGAGAUUGCCGAACAAGACAUGUCGGCACUGAUCGCUCUCCGGAAGCGAGCGCAGAGUGAAAAACCAUUGGCAGGUGCCAAAAUUGUGGGCUGCACUCACAUCACCGCACAGACCGCAGUGCUGAUUGAGACACUGGUGGCUCUUGGGGCUCAGUGCCGCUGGACCGCCUGCAACAUUUACUCGACACAAAAUGAAGUGGCCGCUGCUCUGUCGGAGAUAGGUGUAGCCGUGUUUGCCUGGAAGGGGGAGUCUGAGGAUGAUUUCUGGUGGUGUAUCGACCGAUGUGUCAACACUGAAGGAUGGCAGCCUAAUAUGAUCCUGGACGAUGGAGGCGACCUGACACACUGGAUGUACAAGAAAUACCCAAAUGUCUUUAAGAAGAUCCGAGGCAUCGUAGAGGAGAGCGUCACUGGGGUUCACAGGCUGUAUCAGCUCUCCAAAGCGGGCAAACUCUGCGUGCCAGCCAUGAAUGUGAAUGAUUCUGUGACUAAGCAGAAGUUUGACAACCUUUACUGCUGCAGAGAGUCCAUCUUGGACGGCUUGAAGAGAACCACAGAUGUCAUGUUUGGAGGCAAGCAAGUGGUUGUGUGCGGUUACGGUGAGGUUGGAAAAGGUUGCUGUGCUGCAUUGAAAGCUCUCGGGGCGAUUGUCUACAUCACAGAGAUCGAUCCUAUUUGUGCCCUGCAAGCUUGCAUGGAUGGAUUCAGAGUUGUCAAGCUGAAUGAGGUCAUUCGCCAUGUUGAUAUCACCAUCACAUGCACUGGAAACAAGAAUGUGGUGACCAGAGACCAGCUGGACCGCAUGAAAAAUGGCUCCAUUGUGUGCAACAUGGGGCACUCCAAUACUGAGAUUGAUGUGGCAAGCCUUCGCACUCCCGAGCUGACAUGGGAGAGGGUGCGUUCGCAGGUCGAUCACGUCAUUUGGCCCGACGGCAAGAGAGUCAUUCUGCUAGCUGAAGGACGCCUCCUCAAUCUCAGCUGCUCCACUGUUCCAACCUUUGUGCUGUCCAUCACCGCCACCACUCAGGCACUGGCCCUGAUAGAGUUAUAUAAUGCUCCAGAGGGACGAUACAAGCAAGAUGUUUACCUGCUUCCUAAGAAAAUGGAUGAAUACGUGGCCAGUCUUCACCUAGCAACUUUUGAUGCCCACCUGACGGAGCUCAGUGAUGAGCAAGCAAAAUAUUUGGGCCUGAAUAAGAACGGUCCCUUCAAACCCAACUACUACAGGUACUAGCUUGCAAAAAGCGACACCUCGGCACGCCCAUGUGUUGAUGACAGCCAAGACACAAGACCUGUUAGUGUAUGUCCUAUUUUGUAGUCUACGCAAGAAGACAUUUUAGUGUAUGUUCAUAUUCGUGUCAUCUACUUUAUUUCACAGAAAUGUUUGUGGUAGAAUUUUGUGCCAAAUAACUGUAAAAGGGAAGGCUCACAUAUUUAAAAUAGUAAUGGUUCACCUUAUGUGAUGGAAAGAAAUUAAUUCCCUGGGAUGUGAUGUUUUAUAACCUUGUGCAAGGGAAUCUAUGAAAUAUUUUAAUUGGCCAUCAACAUUAUGUAUGAGACAUGGCCACUGUCGACGGCAAGUCUAACCUUGUCUAAUUUUAUCAAUAAUGAGUCAUCGAUAGUAUAUGGACCAAACAACAGUAUUGGUAUGCAAAUAUUAUUCAAAAAUUCAUUUUUUUCUUACUUAGUCCCUUGUAGCACUUACCUGCGCUUCUAAAUGAGCCAUAACAUCCACAAAAUACGUUGGCAUUUGAUACCGUCCUGCAGGCAGAAAACUUUGGUUACUUGCUGACUGAAUCACAUUCCAAAUGAUAAGCUAGAGAAGAAAUGUCCUUGCCUCUGUAGUGUCAAGUCUCUGUGAAGAAUCACCACCUGUAUGUAAACUAAAUCUCGUACUUGAUGAUCCCAGAAGACGUUGAUUUGUUCGUAAAAAGAAUGCUAAGACGGUGCAUGCAACUUAAGGCGGUUAAAAACAGGGACGUCUAUAGCAGGGGUCACCAACUUUUUUGGAAACUGAGAGCUGCUCUUUUGGAUACUGAUUAGUGUUUGUUUUUGUCCAGGUUAAAACAUGAUUUCUAACAUGACUAAGCAUGUUGGAAUUUUUAUUAUUAUUAUGCAACACUUUAUUCCUAUUAAUCUAGCCUCCGAUUGUUUACGUUUUCAAAGGAUCACUUCUGCAAAAUUCCGAGGAAAUUACUGGUGGGCAAAUUUUAAACAGGUCCAUGAGCUCCUCACAUUGGUGACCUCUGGCCUAUAAGCGUUGAUGUCAGUCUUAGGAUGUAAUCAAAUAGAUGAAAUGAAGUAGUCCACUGUGAAAGCACGUGAGUCACACACUGCAUGCUCUGCAAAGUCUAGAACAUUGUUUUGUACUGUAUACACAGCCACCAAUAGAUCAUCUCGGUGGAGUUUCUAAAAACACAACACACCCAUACACAAAAUAUCCGUUGUGAGAUUUGUCUAUAGAUUUUUCUCGCAAUAUUUUUGUAACAAAGACAUCUGGAACAAUGAUGAGCUUUGUUAUCUUUUUAGAGAUGUUAUAGUUAGCUGUGAGGCUUCUUAUCACACGUACAAUAUGAUUAUUUCUGUACGUCUCGUGUUUUAAAUUUUAAAGACCAUGUUGAAUUAUUUAGCUGAGAUAGAGUCUUGCUUUUAUGUGUUCCGACAUGCAUUCGAUCUUUACUAUGUGGGCCACUUAAUUACUAUCCCAAAUGAUAAAAUCGACUCAUUUGGCCUUUCAUUUUAGCACCUUUUUGCAGAUUUGUGCAUUGAAGUUUUUCUUUCUAUCCACUGGAUUUAAUUCAAAAGUAGCCUUGCGUGAGCUACUAUGUCACCGUUGCAUUUGUAAUUUCAAGAGCAUAUGAACCAAAGGUAAACUUAUCUAUGAGGACAUCAUUGUCAGGAAGCUGAGGGCCGUAACCAUGGUUACGGCGCAGCUGACAGUGCCUUGUGACUCAGUACAGUUUGUAUCUGUUUUUGCAAGUAUUGCUGAUACCAACAUGGUGUUCCGCUAUGCAGAUUUCGUCUGUUAAAAAUGAUUUAAUCCUGCAGUGGUGGUGGGGGGGGAUCUUACUCAUGUAUUCAUAACAGUAAUUUUAAGUGAAUACACAAUGUUUUGUUCUCUGUUAUCGCCCUUGUAAUUUAUUCCUUUGAUUGUUUUCCAUGUAAUCACAAUCAAGACUUUUUUAAUGAUGUUUUCCUUAUAGCACUUAAACAUGCAUUCAAUGGUAGAUUCAUGUCGCUUUGAUCAAUAAUAAUGCGUUCUAAUUUGUGUUAUGUCAGAUAACAGGACGUAUGAAUGUGUUUUUUUGGCUGAUGGUUGUCAACAGGAUACAUGCACACCACUGUGAGUUUUAGUUGCACACAUGUAGUCUUUGGCGUGGAAGUUAUGGAUAUGAUUUAUUAGCUUUAAAGUAGGCUUUGAGAGCACAGUAACUGUAUUUAGUUUUAAAAUGCAAUCACAACAGAAUACUGUAUGCUGUGGCAAAUCCAUCCCUUUAAUAAACUGCUGGUAAUUUAGCAAAUGGCUAUGGCAAAUCAUUUCAUAAUGAGUAACUAAAGCUUUGGAACAUUAUUAAUUGGUCAUUGGUCAUAUAGCACCAAUAAAUGACAUGAAUAAUAAACAGGGUGGUCAUAUGCACUUUAAAGAGACAUACAGUAAUCCUUCGCUAUUUCAUGGUUUAACUAUCAUGGCCUUGCUUCUUCACGGAUUUUUUUCACAGUGCGUUGUGUUAUGGCUUCAGGAGAAAAAGACAUUACAGAGCGGAGUCAGGCCACAGAGGCGCACUAUAUAGUACGUACUUUGUAUUGAUGUUUAAAAUUACUAUUUUACUGUUGUUAUCUGGAAGAAAGUUAAACAAAUGCUUGGGCCUGAAAACAUGUUUUGUCCUUAUGGUUUCAAUGUUAUAAGACUGGUAAAAUAAUAAAGAUUUCUACUUCACGGA